UUUGGUUGCUGAGAAAAUUGGGGGUUGGGGUAAGGGAGAGAAUCCUUAUCUGAUUUAACCCUAUUUAAAUUCGUAUUGAUUGAUUAAGACUUUCAGUAUCUGUCAGUUUCCUGAAGUGAUCCACUAGUACUAGAUUGUUUGUAGUGUUACUUAGAGUUUGCUCUUUGGAUUUUCAAUAAUAUAUACCAAGUUUCCUGCAGUUAUUCUCUGUGACUAGAUUGUGUUUAGUACUUACUAGAUUGAUUGUAGUGCUACUUUGGAGUUGGUUCUUAGGGCUUUCCCUAUUAAACAGUUUCCUGCAGUUAUCGACUUACUAGAUUGUUUGUAGUGCCUGCUUUGGAAUUGGAGCUGGUUCUUAGGGCUUUCCCUAUAAAUCAGUUUCCUGCAGUUAUCUACUUACCACUUACUAGAUUGUUUGUAGUGCCUAAGUUGGAGUUGGCUCGUAGAGCUUUCUCUGAAUAUGAGUUUCCUGCACUUAUUCACUGACUAGAUUGUUUGUAGUGCUAUUUUGGAGUCAUAAUGCUUCAAUUCUGUCAUCUAUAGCGUUGUACAUUUUAGCUCUGCUUAGGAUUCUUAAUCAAAAAAGAGGAUGAAAAAUUCUUAGAACAUUGAAAUGGGUUCCUUUCUGAUGCAGUUUCAUUGGAAUAUGAAGAAUGCUGGCAUGGAAGAAUCCAAAAUGACAAUUGAGUUCCUUCGUGCACGGUUAUUGUCUGAAAGGUCGGUCUCCAAAACUGCUAGACAGAGAGCUGAUGAACUUGCGAAAAGGGUAUUGGAACUUGAAGAAGAGCUUAAGAUUGUCAGUCUCCAGAGAAAGAAGGCUGAAAAGGCAGCAGCAGAUGUUCUUGCCAUUUUGGAGAACAAUGGGAUAAGUGAGUUCUCUGACGAAUUUGACUCAACCUCAGAGCAGGAUGUGAUCCAUUGUGAGUCGAAAGCAGGUCAUUCCCCAGAGGAGGAAGAAAGCUCAGUGGAUUCGAGGAUGCAAAGGAAUCAUACUGAUGAAUUAUCCAGUUCUGAGCUUGAAUCGUCUCCGUUACCUGGUAGAAGAUUGUCGUGGAAAGGUUGCAAGGAUUGUUUGCGUUCUCGGGAGAAGAAGUAUAUGGAUUCACCCAUUAGAAGGCGAAGCAGUUCUGUAUCCACUACGUCUGCUUCGCCAAGAUGCCGAGUCGGUAAAUCUUGUCGACAGAUACGACGGAGGGAGACAAGAAUCAGUAAUAUGCUUUGCGGUUGGGUUGUCAGAUCUGCAACUGAGGAGUCACAAAGUGACAAUAUCAUGCUAUCUCCUCAACAAAAUGGAGUUGCUACUUUUUCAGAAGGUUUACCUAGUCGCUCUGACACUGGGACUGAGAUCAUGAGAGAAGGUGCUGAGCAGGAUGCAAACAUCUGUCUUGGUGCCCCAGUUUCAGGGGAUAUAAAAAAUCAGAGAAUGGUAGCCAACGGUAGCGACUAUUUGAAUACACGUGGAAGUGGUAAAGACAUGGAACUAGCACUAGCACAUCAAGCACAACUCAUAGGGCAGUACGAGGAGGAGGAAAAGGCUCAAAGAGAAUGGGAAGAGAAGUUUAGAGAGAACAAUAGCAAUACACCGGAUUCGUGUGAACCUGGGAACCACUCGGAUGUCACUGAAGAAAGAGAUGAGCCCAAGGAUGAUCCUCCUCCAGAUCAUGUUGGGACUACGACCUCACUAGACCAAGAAGCAAAGUCGAAGGUGGAAAACAUUUGUGUCACAAAGGAAUCAUCCGAAAGUCAACCUAAUGGAUUUCAGUCACCUCAUCCUCCGGAUCAUGUUGGGACUACGGCCUCGCUAGACCAAGAAGCAAAGUCGAAGGUGGAAAACAUUUGUGUCACAAAGGAAUCAUCUGAAAGUCAACCUAAUGGAUUUCAGUCACCUCCACAAGUUGAUUUGGGAUGCUUUCAGGAUCAGAAAUCCCAACCUUCAGAUGUCGGAUUCCCCUUGGCUACUGGGAUUCAAAAUCAGCAACCUUCCACAGGAAACCACAGUGUUCCGCCUUCUCCUAGCUAUCACCAUCGUUCACAUUUGGAGGGUCCAACAGGGAGUCAGUCUCCACAAAUUGUCCCUUCAGAGAGCAAAAACGAACGGUAUGCGUUGAUUCUGCAUGAAACACCUGAUAAAUUAGGAUCUGUGCUAAAUGCUCUUCAUCAAGCUAAGUUAUCAUUGAAGCACAGCGCCAACAAUGCCAUUCCACCAAUAGGUAGUUCAUCUGUUGGGAAUGCGAUUGAAUUUUCAGUUGGGGACAGAAGACCAGAGGUUCCCACCGGAUGUCCUGGACUUUUCAGAGUGCCAUCCGAUUUUGACUUAGAAGCAACUGCUAAAUCCAAUUUCCCUGGUUCCAAUUCUCGGUUGAGUUUGACUAAUCACUAUCCCGAUCCAGGAAAUACUCUAACUGCUGUUGAUCGUUUCACCACUCCUUUUACGGUGUCCACUUCAAGCAUUUCCACCGGAAAUAGAAAUCAUUCUGUUUCAACAAAUCCCUACAUAGAAAGCAGGUCGAGAAUUCCAGACUCACCAGAGCCUUGGUCUAGAUUUCCCUAUUACGAUCCAUUACCUGGGCCAAGCUUGGGUACGGGUCUACCUUCAUCACGGAGAUAUGCCUAUACUGAUCCAAAUGCGGAUGCAUCAGCUCUUGUUUCUUCUAGUACAUUCAUUUCUCCCGUGUAUCCCUAUCCAGAUUUGAUGCCACGGAUUCCCUCUGAUGAAAGGCAAAGGCUCUUUUCAAGUAUGGGAGCAGGAAUUCCUCCUCCUAAUUGCUUUUCCUUUUCUAAUGACAUUAUAAGGCCCAAUAAUAUGUCUUCUAGUGCAUUUUCUCCGCCUGCAUUUUCCUUUCCGGAUGUGAUGCCACGGAUUCCCUCUGGAGAAAGGUCACGGCUGUUUUUGAGCAGCGGACCUGGAAUUCCUUCGCAAAAUCGAUUCGCCUUGGAAAAUGACCAUAUUGCCUCUGAAGAAAGGUCACGGCUGUUUUCAAGCAGUGGACCUGGAAUUCCUUCGCAAAAUCGAUUCGCCUUGGAAAAUGACCAUUUAAGGCGUAAUAUGUAUAGAUAGUAACUUUUUGAGCUGUUUUUGUUGCAGCUUGAUCGAGAAGUUUCAGAAGCAGGGGAGGAGGUUUUGUAGGGUUUCCUUUGUAUAGUGUAUAAGCUGUACUAUUACAUUGUUUUCUCUUUGGUGGGUGUAUGUACCGGAGAAAAAUAGGAGAGGUAUUCUGUAUCUUUUCCCAACCUGUUUGUGUGUAUCGAAACAGGAGAGGUAUUCUGUAUCGUAACAGGGUUGAACUUAUACAAAUGUGCCAACUUACUGCA